UAUCACCGAGGCUGUGACGCCACCAUCAAAAGAUGUGACGAGCAUUUGUGCGUUGCGGGCAACACUCGCAAUCGCCGCUAUGGACGUCAAGAAGAAGCACGAGCUCGAGGCAGCCCUCGCAACCGAGGCGCAGGCCAUCUCGGCAGGGCAGCUGAAGGAGGAGAAUCCGUUGGACCUGAGCGAGGAUUUCCGUUUGUUCUGCGAGGCGUGCCGGCGGGGCGACGAGAAGGUCUGCCAGGAGAUGAUCUCGAAGCGUGUGAACAUCAACGCUCGCGACAGCUACGACUACACGCCGCUGAUUCUUGCGAGCCUGUGCGGCCACUACGAAGUCAUCCGCCUGCUUCUUGAGAACGGUGCGCUUUGCGAGCGAGACACGUUCCAGGGCGAGCGAUGCCUGUAUAAUGCACUCAACGACCGAAUCCGCAACCUGCUGCUGUCUUACGACUACCAAAAGUCAACGAACCCCCUGCAGCCGCUUGCAGCGCAUAUCACCUCGCUCCUCACGCGUCCAUCGCCGAAAACUACGGACAUCACCAUCACUGCGUUUGACCAGACUUUCCAUCUGCACAAAUUCCUACUCGCCGCAAGAUCGCCUUACUUUGCGAAGAAGCUGGCAGCAGCGCCGUCAACGCCGUCAUGGAAGCUGCCGGAUAAGAUCCCUGCAGAGUCACUCGGUCUGGCGCUGCAGUAUCUAUACUUUCAGGAGGUUUCCAUCCGACGUGCUCUGAUGGGCUUGAGCGAAGAACAAGAGCUUGUGGUUCUCAAUGGCAUUGACAAGAUUGGAAAACAACUGGAAAUCGAGAGACUUUUCGAGGAUAUCACCGAAAUCGAAGAUCGAAGGCAGUUACGGCAGCGAAGGGCCGACGAACUAGCAAGGGGACGAAAUCAGCUCGACGAAUGGUUCCAGAAAAACAUCGUAAAACAUAAAAGGGUCAUUGAUACCGAGAAGGUGGAUAAUAUCAAGUGGGAUCGCGACAAUUCUAUCUUCGCUGACAUCUUGCUGCGCGCAGAUGACGAUGAAGAGUCGGAGCCUGAGCAGAACGGAGGCAGGACUUUUGCUACGAGGACUACCAAUGGACCACUCAACGGGCUCCCCGUUGGCCCUAGGCAAUCAAGAUCCCCGUCACGGCAGCGCAAGCCUCGAAAGUCGACCGUAUACCCUGCACACCGCGCGAUGCUGUUACGAUCAGAGUACUUCUUGACUAUGUUCAGCUCGGAGUUCAAGGAAGCACAAGAAACACCACAUCUCCAAAUCGUUACCGUUGAUUGCUCACCUGCAGUCCUGGAGACAAUUUUGACCUUCAUGUAUACCGAGCGCUCUGAUUUCGGCCUUGACAUCGCUAUCGACGUGCUCUUUGCUGCGGAUAUGCUUUUCAUUGACAAGCUGAAGCAGCGAGCUGCAAUCAUCAUCUCAGCGUUGGGAAAUGGCUCUACAUCAGCGGUUGAGUCUGACAAUCCUCGUGGCGAGACUGAUGCGGAUGAGGUGGUUGACAUCUAUGAGGUCCUCCAGGCAGGUUGGGAGACUAAAGUGCAACGCUUGGAAGAGUUCGCAGCGCGAUAUAUCGCUUACCGACUCGAGUUCUACAUCGACGAACCUGAAUUCGCCCAGAUCGUCCGAGAGUCCGCCAACAGGGUCAAGGCGCGCCAGGAAACGGAUACCGUCGAAUUGAUUGACGACAUCCGAUACUACCUUUCAGAGCGAUUUAGGCUUCGAUUCGAAGAUACUGGGCUUGACGAAAUGAUGGAUAAGGAAGCAGCACUCGAACUUGCAGAAAAGGAUCUUGGGCUUGCCAUGGAUGAACUAUCGCUGGAAACUGAAAACUACGGUCAGGUUGCUGCUGGAACUAUUCGAACAUUAGACGGCGAGCCUGUUGGUGAUGAGUUCUUGCAGGACGCUCAGAACUACCAGAUCUUGCUGGGUAAGAUUGACAGUCUGCUAGAGAGGCUCAACUUAGACGCUUAGACGUAGACUAGUACUGACAUGGAUCGUAAUGAUCCUGGGGAAUCUUGGGCCCUGCCGACCAAUUCUCGAAGCUCAUGUUCAAUCUUGCCACCCUCGUGCCUGUCCAGCUUUGUAACACUUACCUCGGAUUUAACGCAUCUGUCACGAUGAUGAUUGUAGGGAACUAAAUAUACACGCAUGUAGUCAUCCGCACAUUUGCCGCUGACGCUUGAAGCUAC